GCACUGCAAAGAUGCCUCAGGUGAUGGUCGUGGCGCGGAACUUCAUGGACAUGGUGGCUGCGCUGCCUGCCUCCAAACUCGACAUGCUCUAUGAUUCCGCAUUCAUCUGCGAGGCCGUGCUCAGGUCGUUCCCGCCGCUGGCAAAGAAGUACGUAAUUCAGAUGUUGUACGUGUCGGCACCAGUACCCGCUGCAGCUAUCGAGGAGUGGGUGCUGGAUGAGUAUGCCUCCAAGCACAAGGUUGCCAUCGAUAGGCUGGUCCAACUUAGGGUCUUUGUCGAAGUACGUGAUAGAAGAAAGGAGGUGAGCUACAGGAUGAACAAUAAGUUCCAGGCAAACAUGCAGAAGUAUUUGGUCAGCGGUGGAAGUUUACCAAGGGAACCGGUACCAUCGAGUAUUACUUCCAGAUUGCCUACAGUAACAGAACUAGAAAACUAUGCUCUUGAGCAAUGGGAGUGUUUUUUGCUGCAAUUGAUCAACUCAUCCCAAGUUGAGAAAGGGACAAGUUUCAGCUCGUCUAUGAUGAGAACGUUCCAGAGAGGUCUUCUGAGUUCAAGGGAUAAUGAAGCUCCCAAGUUAUCUGAGAAUGGCUUCCAGUUUCUGCUAAUGGAGACAAAUGCACAACUUUGGUACAUAAUGCGGGAAUACAUUUCAUCAGCAGAGGAACGUGGUGUGGACCCCACAGAGUUGAUAUCGUUUCUCUUGGAACUUAGUUUCCAUACUCUGGGAGAUGCUUAUAGCUUGAAUACUCUGACCGAUGUCCAAAGAAUUGCCAUUAGGGAUCUGGCGGAGCUUGGGCUAGUCAAAUUGCAGCAGGGUCGAAAAGAUAGCUGGUUCAUACCUACAAAAUUGGCUACAAACCUUUCAUCGAGCUUGUCGGAUUCAUCUGCCAGCAAAGAGGGCAUUGUGGUGGUGGAGACAAACUUCAGGCUGUAUGCCUACUCUGCUUCCAGAUUGCACUGUGAAAUUCUACGGCUUUUUUCGAGGGUGGAGUAUCAACUUCCGAACCUCAUCGUGGGAGCUAUUACAAAAGAAAGUCUUUAUGGUGCUUUUGACAACGGGAUCACUGCUGAACAGAUAAUCGCGUUCCUUCAGCAAAAUGCCCACCCUCGUGUUAUCGACAAGAUACCUAUAGUCCCAGAGAAUGUCACAGAUCAGAUCAGGUUAUGGGAGAACGACCGUAACAGGGUCGAGAUGGUCCUGUCACAUGCGUAUGAAGAUUUCCCGAGCAAGGACAUGUUUGAGCAGUGCUGUGACUAUGCGAGGGAUAACGGGUUCUUGCUGUGGGAGGACGCGAAGAAGAUGAGGCUGAUAGUGCGAGGAGAGUUUCACGAAGAGAUGCGGGUGUUCCUUCGUAGGCAGAGAUGAAUGCCUUGUUGAUCCAAGGAAUUAAAGAGACCAUUCGGAGAGAAGAAGUUACAUCUCUGUACAACACUUGAAGGGUUGAAUUCAUCAGACAACUGUUGAACGAUACUCAGUUGCAGCAGGCAGAUGCAGAUGUCGAAAGCACUGAGCUCAAG